AUGGACGUUGUCAUCAGUAGAACAAAUCAAACAGUAUUCUUUAUUGUUCUAUGCUUUGCUUUCACUCUUCAGAUUGCCUUAUCGUUGGGAUCUUAUUCUGGUCAUGCAACCCCGCCGAUGUAUGGUGAUUAUGAGGCUCAGAGACAUUGGAUGGAAAUCACAUAUCAUUUGCCUAUUAAUCAGUGGUACGUAAAUGGUAGUGAUAAUGACUUAAAUUACUGGGGACUGGAUUAUCCACCUCUUACAGCUUAUCACAGUUGGCUUCUCGGAACUUUAGCGAACAAGCUGAAUCGUUCAUGGAUUGAGCUACAUAUAUCAAGGGGGAUGGAGACAGAGACUCACAAAAUCUUCAUGCGAUUUACUGUUGUAGCAACUUUUUGGAUAGUUUAUGUUUCUUCCUUAUUACUUUCAACCGGUUUCUUUCGCAACACUUUAUCUCAAAGAAUGCUUAAUUAUUGUGCGAUAGCUGUGCUUUAUCCAGGAUUGUUGGUAGUGGAUAGUGGCCAUUUUCAAUACAAUCACGUGUCUCUUGGAUUAUUUCUCUUUUCAUUUGCUUGCUUCGUUUCAAGUUUUUUAAAACUUGGUUCAAUGUUUUUUGUAUUAUCAUUAAGCUUCAAACAAAUGGAGUUGUACCAUGCCUUGCCGGUUGCCAUUUAUUUAUUGUCAGAGUCAUUUUCAAGUGAUAAUCGAUUAAGCAUGAGUCAGAGAUAUUUUUGUUGGGCAGAACAGCUGCUUAUAUUGUUUAUUACUGUCAUCGUCACAAUUCUGUUCGUCUGUUUUCCUUUUCUUAUCACCAGAUCUGAUUUGAUGCAGAUUUUAUACAGGAUUUUUCCAUUUUACCGCGGCAUUUUCGAGGAUAAAGUGGCGAAUUUUUGGUGUUCCAUUAAUGUAUUUUACAAAUUGAAGGAUAAUUUUGAAACAGUAUUUUUGUUGCGCAUAAGCACCAUAAUGGUUCUUAUAACGAAUAUUCCGUGGUCAGUGUGUUUAUUUUGUCAUCCAACUAUGACGAACUUCAAAUAUUGUUUAUUGGCAUCCAGUUUAUCUUUCUUUUUGUUUUCAUUUCAAGUCCAUGAAAAAUCAAUCCUUCUUGUAGCCCUACCUGCCAUAUUGUUGUGGAAUGAGAAUCCUGUGCUUGUGUCUUGGUUACUGAUUAUUUCAAAUACAAGUCUCUAUCCAUUGUGCAUCAAAGACGGCAAUGCUAUUCAUUUGGCGUUAUUUAUUUUCUAUUAUAUUAUUACAUAUUCAUCCUUUUCAAAACUUUCGAUGUUUAUGCAAUUGGUUGUUCAUGGAAGCUGUUUGGCAUCGUUAGCACUUUGUUUGGCAAGUUUACUUUUUGCACCACCAGCACGAUUUCCUCAUAUUUUUUCUCUUUUAAUAGCGGUUUACUGUUUUCUUCAUUUCAUAACGUUUUUUCUGUAUAUUAACUUGGUUACAUUGCGAUUUAGAUUUAAGAAGCUGGAAAUUGUAGACUUAUUUUUUACUUUAGUUCAUGAAUUGUAA